AUGACCCCCGGUACAGUCAAUUUCGCCCCCGAAAUGAUGUUCUUGCACAUCGAGCUAGGUGGAGCCUGGCUCUAUUUCGCCUUCGUCGAGGCCGUUGUACUACGACUCACCGAUGACGAACGCUCUUGGCGAUUCCUAUGCGCAGGCAUGCUAUUGAGUGAUCUGGCUUGGUGCCACUCGGCUGCUCAGGCCGUCGGGGGAUGGAGGAUCUGCUGCGAUACGAGUAUCUGGUCAGUCGAGUAUCACUUUAUGUUUUGGACCUCGGCACCUAUUGCGGUCAUGAGGCUUUUGAUUGUCUUUGGCAUUGGAUUCAACCAGCGUUGA